CUGUGUGCGCAUGCUCGUCAGAGGCGGAACUGGGCAGGGAAUGGGUUGGUGGCUCAGUUUAUUUGUAGCUACACUGACAUGGACUGUUAACAUUAGCUGUGCUCCAGACAUUUGCCUUAGACCGGAUAAAUAAAUAGAUUUUUACGUCCCUAUUGCCAAAACAGAUCCGUAGAAAAUGAUGCGUUUCAUGCUGCUUUUCAGCAGGCAGGGGAAGCUGCGGCUACAGAAGUGGUACACGGCCACUGCCGAGCGUGACAAAAAGAAGAUGGUGAGGGAGCUGAUGCAGAUAGUGCUUGCCCGCAAACCAAAGAUGUGCAGCUUUCUGGAAUGGAGGGACCUCAAGAUUGUCUAUAAAAGAUACGCUAGCUUGUACUUCUGCUGUGCAAUUGAAGAGCAAGACAAUGAGCUAAUCACACUUGAAGUCAUCCAUCGCUUCGUAGAGCUGCUGGAUAAAUACUUCGGCAGUGUGUGUGAGCUGGACAUUAUAUUUAACUUUGAGAAGGCCUACUUCAUUCUAGACGAGUUCCUCAUGGGAGGAGAGAUUCAGGACACGUCUAAGAAGAGCGUCCUCAAAGCUAUUGAACAAGCUGACCUACUGCAGGAGGAGGAUGAGUCACCCAGGAGUGUGUUGGAGGAGAUGGGCUUGGCGUAGCGCACAGCGGCGUUGUGAGAAAACAGCUACUAAAGCAGAGGGCUGGAUGAGAGGGGGCAGGACAGAAUCUGGGACUGGAUUUACCUGGACUAACUACAUGGGUUCUGUGUGUCUGUGACUCUAGGGACUCACCUAAACUGAGGAAGAGACUCGGUUAUGAAUGAAAGCUCUUAGCGUUGACAGGCCUUUAGCUGUGUGUGUGUAAGACUGACUGAGUUGUUGGGAGGGUGGUAACCGGGCUGGACGCAGAGGGGUACAUCUUUUUUUUUUAAAAUUGUAAAUUGGUGAUAUGUUGUUUGCUAGACUUGAGGACACCUGAAGUGGAUCCCAGCACUAAGGUGACAGUGAAAUAUGCACUUUGGCUGCUUAUUUCAGUGGUUGAACAUUCACACAUUAAGAGUGUUGUUCAGGUACUAAAGUCAACUGGGAGAAAACCGUUUGGCAAGGCAGAAAAACUAACAUUGGACAACUGGACAUCAUACUUGAUUAUUGAUUAUUCUUGUGAAAAGGUAACCAUUAACUCGCCCCUGUUUUUUAGUCACAGCAGGGUUGUUUUUUGUUUGUUUAUGCAAAUCUUAACAGGGACCAUUUUCAAUUUUCAGCAGAAUAAUGUGAUGGCGCUGCAAUGAGUGACAGAGUUUUUCUAAUACUGAAGCAGCAGUGUGGCCUGUGUGUGUGUCUGUGUGCUUGCAAGUGUGUGUGUGUGCGUCUGUGUGUGCGCGUGUGCACCACUGGUGCUCUGUGGCAGAAACACUCAGGCUUUGGAUAAACACCCAGUAACUGCAUUGUUGGCUUUGACUUAUUACAUGGGUUGGUACGGAACCAUAUAUAUUAUCACAGCAAACACAAUACUUCCUGCUACAGUCCGUAUUUCAUAAGUUAAGGCCAUUUUUCUUCAGAUAUUUAUUGUAGAUUAAAAUUAAGGUUUUACAUGGAGAUAAGUUAAAUAUCAUGAAUAUAAGCACAUGUUGUAGUAUUUCACCCACAUCUAUAAGCAAACCUAGUUUCUAUCAUUUAAAAUCCUUGCAUCACUUAUGCAGCUCAUUGCCACACAUUUAUUUCUUAUAUGCCUCCUUCAGAUGCGAGUUUUGGGGGUUUCUUCCGUCACAGCCCUGCUGCUUAAAUGCGUCUCUAUUCGGCGAUGGAACAAACACAGUCGUGUACACACUGAAUUCAUUUUGCUGCUGUCAUGUUGAAUUAUGCUAUCAAUAAAGACUAAAGACAGUCUGUUGUAGAACUCAA